AUGGAGAAUCAGAACCAGUGCCGCUGGAAGGAAACCGCCUUCCUCCGGUUCGCCUUGCAGGCUCAGGGCACGGCCUGCUGUCCAGUGGCCACGGUCUCGGGCGCAGACGGGGGAGGGCAGCUGCAGUCAGAGCCUGCUGUUGGCCGCCCGGCGGCUCCGCUGGAAUGGAAACGGUGCCCGCAACGCACAUCCCUGCUGGACAGCAAGCAGCUUCUGGGACGAGUCUGGCAGUGCCUCCCGCUGCACUGGGUCAGCGUGUCUCCCACCCAGGGCAGUGACCCCACACGCUGUGUGUCAGAGCUCCCGGCGUUCCAGGAAUCCCCACAAGAAACGUGCAGCAGCUGCUUGGAGAGCAGGCAGACGCUGUCUCAGAUGGGAGCCCCAGCCCAGCCUCGCCCUCUGCCAACAGCCCGCCCGCCCCCGGAGGCGCCAGACGCGCCCAAGCUCAGCCCCACCGCCGACGGCUCUGAAGGGGAAGACGGCGCGGUUUUGCACUUUCUCACCCAGCGAGGCUGUGAGACACCGCCCGGCCUGGAGCAGAAGGGCUUCAGAAAUCCAGAGACGGGCUCGGGAGGGGAAGAUCAGGACUUUGGGAGCUGGUGGCCUCACGGCUCUGAUGAGAUGUUUUCCAUCGUCUCGUUUCCUUUUUAUCACGUCCCUUCUGUUUACAACAUCGACGAGUGUCCUUGGCGGUAUGUGCGUGUCAGGGACGGAGCCUUCAGCUGCCUGGUCUGCAUGACUCUCCCCGGCACACCCCCGGCAGAGCAGGUCCGGCGACGGAGCCCCGGGAGCAGCCCCAUCCCCAACCGUCGGACGCUUCGUGUCCACCCCUGCCCACGGCCAGGCUCCAGGUCUCUGCUCCUCUGGGACCCCAUGUGUCUGCAGGCGGUGCCCCCCGACACCACCCAUCAGAGCACAGUGGUCAACGAGUCUCCCAGCUGCCCCAUGAACCUGGUCGCCAAGCCAACGCCCCCUGCCGCCCUCGUGUGGCCCUUUCAUCUCAAACUACAGAGCACAUGGGCGGCUGAAAACGCAGCAGCCAGCUGCCCCCAGAGAGCCUGUCUUCUCUCACGGAGACCCUGA